CCUACUACGACGGUGAACUUCAGCAGUCGAAGAAAUGGAUAGGGACCGAGUCAAAAUGACCGUAUAACAUUUGAAGAGAAAUAAGAUGCCUGGUUUAGUGUCAUGCCCUGGUGGUCUGAUAGUUAUUGGGAUCAUCUCGCUGUCCUUUGUCCACAUCCACUCAGAGAUAUGGAGCAAUGAAGUUUCAGACGUCCAGUUUGGGAGGCUGGGCUCCAAAGUCACCCUGGUAUGCAGAGGCACUCAUGGCGGGUCCCUGGUGGAGUGGCGGCUGAAUGGGAGUUCAGUAAUACCUUGGCAGACACUCAGCUCAGGUGGCUCUCUUACCCUACUCAAUGCCCAGCUCUCCAUGGAAGGUAACUACACAUGCCAUGACCAUAGAGGAGCCCUGCUUCAGACCAUCAAGCUGCGGCUUGGCAAUUUGCCUGGUUUUCUCAAUGUCUCCUGUCAUGUGCCAAAUCACUACAAAAUCUUCUGCUCUUGGAAGCAAACAGUUAACACAAACUUACCCACAAAGUACAUCUCCUCAUACAGUACGUCCAAAGGAGUUAAUGCUGAGCCCUGUGUCCAGGAACAGCUUGGGGUAAAUGAGUGUACUAUCACUGACCAUUACUUCUGGGACUUCAAACAUCUGGUGAACAUCACAGAGAUCAAUCCUCUGGGCUCAGAGUCUACCAUCAUCAGAGUGAAUAUCCACAAGCUCUUAAAGCCAGACCCUCCUGAGGCAGUGACCCCUGAAGAGGUGGAGGGCCAACCUUCAUACCUACUGGUUCACUGGAGAGCUCCAGCAUCUUGGCCUGACAUGUCUGAAGCCUUCCCCCUAACAUUCUCGCUACGCUACCGGCCUGUUGGCUCCAACUACUGGUCAACGUUACAAACAGAGGAGAACACCAGUAUGAUGAUCACGGAUGCUCUGGCAGGUCAUAUGCACCACAUCCAGGUGCGAGCUCAGGAUGCCCUCAUUAACUACAGCCAGUGGAGUGAGUGGAGCCAUGUGGUGCAGGCCCAGCCUUGGAGUGAGCCUUUGGCAAACACAGAAGAACCCACAGAGGAACCGUCUGAUGAUACUGUUUUCAUCCCCAGCAUCAUGGCAACAGACAAAUUACCAGAUCCUUCAGCAGAUGAUUCUGGAAGCUUAGGCUUGUUGAUUUUUCUUGGCCUAUUCGCUGGGGUUAUCACUGCAACUGUGUUUACCAUUUUAAUCCUUCUUCGGGUAAGGCAACAGAGACGGAACAGUGCGACAAAGCAGGAACUGGCCUCCAUGGUAAAGAUGAAGUCCUUGCCAAUCUAAAAUGGUGAGAUUGGCUCUUUCUGUCUUCAGCCCUCAUAGGGCCCCCUCAUAGGGAAUCAGCAGCACUGCCACAGCAGCACUAAAAAUCUCUCAAUACUCACUAUUCUGACUGUACUCCAGCUGGUUCCUGCCCCCGCUCCAGGUCUCAGCGUCUCCUAGUCAAGCUUUGGAGCCCAUAAACUGUGAACAUGUAGACAGCUCUUCAAUGUAGCACAACAUCACAGCAGAGAAGAUAACACAUCGCCUAUUUUUUUUUCUUUUGAUAUACACAGCAAAUUGCCCAGCUUUGAACCAUGGAAAACAUAACAUUUUUACUAGGAAUACAGUUUUUUUUUUUGCUUUUGCUUUCUUAUUUACACCUUGAGUUGUGCAUUUUGCAUUUUGUUUUCGACAUUUGGAAUGCUGUGAAACGCAAGGUUUUCUCUGGUUUUCCGGGACAUUAGCGACGUAUUGGGCAUUAUGGAUAAGUUGGCAUUCUUCACAUUUCAAUGCAAGAAUAGUUCUUUGUUCUUUGAAAAGGAGCUCUUAUCAGAAGUCAGCUGCUAUCUCUCAGAGAAGAGAGAAAAACAAUAGCAAUGGGUUCUUACGUUUCAGCGAUGGAUAUUGGGCAGAUUCAAGGGUGUUUUGUUUCUUUGAUCGUCAAAGAACACUUCACAACCCCUCACUCUGCAACAUAUGAAAUACAUACUGUCUGUUUUUUUUAUUGGACGUCGCAAUAUGAAAAACUCUUGCAAUAAUACAUUUCGUCCCCCAUUAUGUGCACCCUUGGCACUGAAUGUGUGUAUGAAUGUGUUGGUGUGUGUGUAGGUGUGUGUGUGUGUGUGUAUAGGUGUGUGUGUGUGUGUAUCUGUGUCUGUCUCUGUGUCUGUGUCUGCGUGUGUGUGUCAGCGUGCAUGACUGUUACGGACACUGCAGCAUGUGGGCCAAAUUAAAUCUGGCUCCAAGAAGUGAGCAUCUAAAAUCUGAUUUGGUGUUCUAAAGAAGUGCCUUCAGAAACAACCAAAGGCUCCCAUUGUGUUCAACAGGUUUUUUCCUCUCUCACUUCCUUACACUGUAAAUACAUACAAUGCAUACAUACAUAAAGGAAAAAAAAAAAACACAUUCACAGUGAAUGAAUUUAGAUGUGAAUGUAUCAGUUGGUCGGCCUUACAAUGCAAAGACAGAUCACGCUUCUAUUACAUGUUAUGAUUUAAAUGAAUUCCAAAGGUGGAAUUGAGUUCUGGUAUGUUCUUUUUUCCAAGCUAAUGCAUAUGCAUGACCAUGGACUUUUUAUUGAAGCUUUUCUUCAAAAAUGUAUAAUGACCUGUCAAAUAAGAUAGUUUGUAUGUAUUAUUAUUGUGUAAAGGUGUCUAUAAGUCGUCUGUUGUUUUGUAUAAUGUUUUAAUGUUUCUCAGUGACAUAAAGCUCAGAUAAUGCAUGUGUGCUCCACUUUUGCCCUUUGCCUUUUAGCCCUUUUUCAAUACUGAAAUAGCAAAUACAUUAUUUUUUAAAAUAAUCACUCACAAAGCACAAAACUCUUGCUGCGUAUGUACAAAUACACCAAGCCUUUGACUGACAGAGUUUUAACACAGUAGUUCUUUGUUGAUAUUAUUGUGUCUUUUACUAUGCCAUAUUACCUGUAUGCAAUAAAUACUUUUUAUUUUCUGAUCAUUAGACUCUGAGGGAAUAUAAUCAAAGUUAACUAAAUUGUGAUUGAGCAGCUUUUUAUAUAAAAACAGAUAUUUUGAUUUGGUUUGAUUUCCUUAAUGCCCUGGUCCAUGACUAGAAUUUUCAUUGUAUAGGUUUGUGUUUGGUAUCUGAAAUUAUUCUCUUUAAUUGGUUUGCUCCUAAUUACUUGGAUGUGCUUUAUGUUUAUGCCUGGGACAAAGCAUGUCUUGGCAUGAAUUCUCAGCCAGAGAUUAACUUUUAAUCUUCAUUAUUUUCCAGAGUUCUUUUCCAGAGUGCAAUUAAGGGUACAUAUUUUAACCUCAGUGUGUUUUGGGCCUGAGUCAAAUCAGCAUAUUUUUGUAGAUUUUGUGUUAGUGACCUCUGGGUUUCCAUAGAGGUCGCAAUACUUUCUCUGUGUGGCUAAGAUUUCAGAGUGCCAGAUAAGUGCCAUUUUUCUCUUAGAUUGACCAGACAUUUUAUCUUUUUUUCUCUCUUUAACAUCAAGUCCUUUUUAGAUUCUUGAUUCAGUCAGACAGCCACUGAUGUCUGUGCCUGAGAGAUUCCUUUACUUUUUAAAAUACAAACUUGGUUUAGAAAGUAAUAUGAUUACUAUUUGUUUUACUAUUUUGUUGAAUUCAUUUAUUGUAAAUGGUGCUUCUGUUUUUUCAACCUCACUGUGCACAUGAAGGUCCUUUAAGGAUAGUUUCACAAAAUAGUGAAGUAAAUGUCCAUGCAGUAAGGGAGUCUCUAAGAGCAGAUGAUUUAUGCUUUGCUGAAUGCAGUUGUUCCAAACAUAUUCAUUAAUUGCACGAUUUAGGUGCUCUCUUUGUCAAAAGCUGAGUUGUGUCAAAUUUGUAGGAACAGUUUCUUUUAUCAUUCAACUGAUAAAAAUUUUUAAUUUUUUUUUUGUUACUCAUGAUUCUUGGGUCUUUUUUUUUCUUGUCACACAUUGGUGACUUUUUCUGCUCAAUACAUGUACAUUUCUUGACAAAAAUGUUUUCAAAAUCAUUGGCAUGGUGGUAGAGAUGGCGUUGAGGGUUUUGAGGUGUUUGUUUUAAUUAUGCUUUGUUGGUCUCGAGUCAGUUGUUUGGAAUGUAUACCUAAUUCCCUUUAGUAACAGUAGCCAAGAAGGUAAAACUUCUUUCAACUUUUUGUAUGUUUGUGUCCCUUUCUUUAUGGUGUAAUGUUGUUUCUUGGCUGUAGAUCCUCUCAAGGAUCAAGACACAGUGAAAACCCCAAAUUGCCAUCAGAUGUGAGGGCAUGGUCUAGUUUAAAAGAGUGGUGUGAAUAGUGGCAGCCUUUCACUUUAAGUCCUGUUACGAAAUAUGAAUUAUAUUAUGUUACUACCCUCUGGUCUAAAAUAUGGAAGAAUGUUAUACAUCGUUAAUCCGCGAAGAUUUACUAUACUGCAGUCACUGUUAUUGUGGUCUGUUCAGUGUAUUGACACUUAGAUUUUUUUUUUUUUCCUGUUUGCUUUAUACCAUUUCUGUUGUCCCAUGCAUGUGGUAAAAUGUGAUCUAUUUCAGAUGAGGAAAAGACAAAUGAUAACCUACACUCUAAUUAGGGGAGAAUAUUAUAGUCCAAAAAAUGUACAGUACAAGGUAUAUGUAGGCUAUAUUCGCUUUUGUGUACAACGUAAUAAGCUGUUUAUUAUUCUUGUUUUCCUAUAUUUUUGUGAAAUAAAAGUUAUUUUAUCACAAGAUUGA